UCCCGGCCGACAGUACUAAAACAGCUGUGGGCACGUCCUCUUGCCCCAAACAACCUCAUCCAAUGUUAAGCCUUCUUUGUGAUGGGAGUACUGGGGGCAGUGCUGGUUCUUGCCACGUGUCUGGCGCUGUUCCUGCUCUGCCUCAAGUUUCGUCAUUUGUGCACGUACUUUUUAAGUUGGCUUCCAUCCAAUAGAGAAGAAAAGGCCGCACUGACAAGGCUGAAAGGCCAUUACAACGCAAACGGAUACCUGGUCGGUUCCGAUUCCGAUAUAAGGCUGGAUUGGACAGGUUCUUUCAGGAGAUUCGAGUCGGUGGAUUCAGAGGGUGCUCUCGGCGGAGCGACCGCACCCUCGCCGAUCCCUCCGCAGCCGCUGAGGCCGGCCCCCGACAUCUUCGGUACUCACUCCAGCCCACCUCCGCUCACUUCGCUCGCUCAACCCACAAGUCAUGAUGUUGAAGCCCCUGACACGUCGGAAGGCGUUCCAGUUCUCGGGCGGGCCAUUUCCUGCGAUUCUGUGUCGAGCGUCACAUCGAUUGCUGCUCAAGAUUUGGUAGAGCCGAACAUAGCCGGAUAUCUGUGCAUAGGAAUUGACUACGACUGCGAAUGCGGAGAUUUAAUGGUGAAUGUGAUUGAGGCGAAGGACCUGGUAUGUAGAGACUUCCCGGUAUCACCAGAUGGCCUUAUGGACACGUUUGUAUCAGUCUACUUACUGCCUACGAGAACGACGGACAUGCAGACAAGGACUUAUAGGAGCAGCAGGAGUCCAAGCUACAAGGAGAAAUUCCUCUUUGGUCUGGAGGUGACGGAUUUCUGCAGAAGCUCCGUCAUGUUCCAAGUCUACGGAGCGAAACGGGAAGGAAACUCUCUGCUCGGUCAGGCGAACCUCCAUCUCGCCGACGUUCCUACACGGCAACCCAUCACCACCUGGCUCACACUCUACCACACCGAAACUAAAGAGAACGCUUUGGGAGAAAUACUCUUCUCAUUGAGCUAUCUUCCGACGGCGGAGAGACUGACUGUCGUCAUCAUAAGAGCACGCAAUCUGAAGUUUUCCCAAGCGACUGCUGACCCCUACGUUAAGGUUUAUUUGUUGAAAAACGGCAAGAAAGUGCAUAAAAAGAGGACUCAGACGAAGAAAAACGACGCCAGCCCCAUAUUUAACGAAGCGAUGAUGUUUAACGUUCCAAACAGCCUUCUUCAGUCUGUGGAACUAAGAGUGACUGUGGGGGAGAACGACACGGGAGAAGUGGUCGGCCACGUCAUCGUCGGUUGUCACGUCGGAGGUAAAGCGCUUUCUCAUUGGUCGCAGAUGAUCGCCUCACUGAGGAAGCCGGUGGCCAUGUGGCAUCCCCUUCUUCGCCCGUCUAUCCCGCUCAUGUCCCCGACCAGGCCUAAACCGACUUUCACAGCUCAACGCUAAAUGCGGUUAUCUUCAAUCCCGCGAACAUUCUCGACACGUCCGAACUUUUGAUAAUCAACACGGCGUUUUCAUCCGCUCUUCUUUCACAUUUAAAUAAUAAUAAUUUUUCAUGUAUGAAGCUGUCUCGAAAGAGGAAAUGUAUGUAGGGUAGAGCUGUUUUUGUUGUCACACACUUCGCGCGAGGGUCGGACGGCUAAAAAUUAAACGGAAAUUACAGAGCCAAGUAAUGCGUAUUUCUGAACAGAAAAACGGGCGGUUUGACGUGAAAAUGGGUCAAAUGCGAUUGCGAGUCGGAGGCGAAACAAUGAUUGGGAAGGUCCUGGAAAAGGAAUCCGCUACACCCGAAAUAUCGUUUCAAUAUGAGAAUGAGAAUGGAAUCUCGUUUCCUUAAAUCACACGACGCAUAUCGAUACUUGUACGAACAAAAGAAAAGCACAGAGGAAAAAAAGGGUGCAAUGAAAAAUAGAAACAAUGACUUUUCUUGACAACAUGAACCAUCAUGAGAAGUAAAAACUAAAUGGGAUGACACAGUAAGAUUGAAUAGGUAAAAGGGUAUUUAAUAAAGAAAUAAAUCGGCUCUUAGAUCUCGCGUAAUAUUAAAGGAAAGAAAGAAAUAUCAACUUAGGACUUUGCGUCUAUAAAGUUAAUAUAAAUUUUACUUUCUAUAAAUUAAAAUAUAACGUUAGUUUUUGGAGAAAGCAUUGGAGCUCUAUACAGAUAGGUAUACAUGUAAGGCGAUAAGGAAUUGAACAGAGAAGCUCUCCUGUUUCAGCCUGUCUAAACUGUGUACACUUCGUUUCUUGUAGAAAAAUAACAAUAUUGCUGCUUUACGAGAGCACUUGUGUUCUAUUAGAAAUGAACUGUUACUUGAACUAAGGACCAUCCAUAACAACUGCAAGGUUUUACGUAGCUUGAAAAGCCCACAGACAUAAAAUUCGUCUAUUAAUGUGGUUGUUGGCAAACAUAUCUACGAUACAAAAAUGAUUUAAUUGUCAUGAUCUGCGGCAGUGCGGGUGUUGAAGAAAUAAAUCAACCUACGAUCACUAGUAAUUUUGGAAGUAAAUACAAGAAUAAUAUGUAAAAGUUAAACACAUGAGAGUUAUUAAAAAAACAUAGAAGUAUCGAAUGAGUAGAAGGAAAACGAAUGGUAAAAACAACAAAAAAGCUCUGGGUAUGUUGCAAAAUUAAGUUUUGUUAUUUAUAGAAAGGUGGAAAUAUAAAAUUUCAGAUCUUAUGCAAGAGGACUACUUAAAAUAAUAAAUACUAUAGAACGAUUCUUUUGAAAGGAAUUAUGGUUAAACUUUGUAAUGACGUUCCGUAAGAAGGUAUAUCAAUCGCUGUAGAGGGCCUAUAAAAUCGUGCUUUAUAAUGAAAUGGUAAAAACAUUUAAAAUUUACAAGAUAGGGAGGGGUGAACCAAUUUUUCAGUUGGAAUUUUUAAAUAUUUUUUUAUUAAACACGAAUUUUUUCUGCAUCGUUUGUUGUAAAGGGUUAAAACAAAAAUAUCUACAGAGACCAAAAUGGCGUCUACGAAUACAAUACAACUAAAAAUAAACCCUGAAAUGUCCGACUGAAAGGUCUCAAUAGCAUCAGUUCUGUACAACAAAAGAGCGCUCAAGAAAUCGGAAAUCAAACUACAAAAAAUGAAUAGUCACAUUUUUUACCCUCAUGUUCCUUUUCCCGGUUUCUGUUCAAUAUUUUGAAUUGCUUAUUUUUUUAAUUUAACAAAGCAAAAACUAAAGGUUUUGUCGACGCUUUUUGAAAAUAAAAUUCAUGCCCUCAAAAAAUUUUGAAUGUCGUUAAUUAGAGGCAGAUUUUUAGGAAAGGCUCAACGUCAUGUAAAAAUUAGCGAACCGAAAUUGCCAAAAAAAAAGCCUCGACACGUUAUUCUUAUCGAAUUCUAUUUAAAACAAAACUAACAAAACAAAACAAUAAGUGAAUAAUUCUAGAGAAAAAGGAACAUUAAAUUUUUUAGUUUUUUAACAAUGAACAACUUAUUAAAUAACUAUACACAUUAAAACGUGUAUGAAAAUGUUCACAAGAAAGCUGUAAAUGAAAUGAGACCAAUCCCAUUUUGAUAUGAGUCAACGAGAUAUUAAAGGAAGAAUGGAAGGGUUAGGAAAAAGAAUUCGAAAAUUGGUUGACCCUCUUUAAACAGGAAAAUAGAGUAUUUGGUAAAGUUAACUAAUUUAAUAUGUUAUCAGUGUUUAAUAUAAUGGUUACGUGUAAUUAACAGUUACGUUAAUCUAAAAAAUAUUUUUUGGUAAAAUAAAUAAAUCACCUUUGUUUAAAAAAAAUUGAAUCCAGAAUGCCAGAAAACGUCAAACUUAUGGAAAACGCCCAUGAAAAGCUACUAAAACAGAUGCUUUCGCGUUCGAAAUGACUAAAGUCAAAGGUGCAAAAUUAAAGAAUGAGAGAGAAAAUGUAAAGACUGGUUUACUUUAAGUAUAAGCAAACAAUUAAUUAGAUAAGAUUCGUCUUCAACGGCUUUUCAAAUCUUGUCAUUUUAAAUCAUAUUUGUUUGUGUAAAAUAAAAACAAUUGUUGUAAAGUGUAAAAUAAAUAGAUGUGCUUUUCGUAUCGUUGUUAAAACUUAAGUAAAAUACAUUUAGAAACUGCGGAAUAUAAACGUUUUUAUUUAUUUUAGCAUACUACAUACAUUUCCUAUACAUGCAAUAACUAUUAUAUGUUUGAUUGGACAAUAGAUUAGAACAUUCUCGAUGUCUCUUCGAAUCUCUAAUUUCUUUCGGAAUAAAACUAUCAACAUUUCCGUAUUUAAUUUUUAAUAUUUUAACUUUGUAAGUCUUUGGCUAAUAUUUAAUUAGAAAAGCCGAUUAUCUAUGAGAGUUUAACUGCAGAAAUUAAAACAACUUUUAGCAGCAAAAGAGGAGAACUUUGAAAUUGCAAAAAAAUUAUAUACAUCUAUAUAUAUAUAUAUAUAUAUAAUUUACUCUUUCUGGCAAAUUGUAAAGAAGUUUAUGAUAAGCUAAAAACGAUUCACGUUUUCGACGCUAAUAUUAAAAACUGCUUACUGAAUUGGCCAUUCGUAUCAAUGAUGGACAAAGCAAAUUGCUAUAUUAUUAAUGACCUAGAAAAAUAUUGCUAUAAAGAGAAGGUUUGGAGCUAGUAAUAAAAAGUCGUUAUUCAAAAGAUGGUGUUGAUGGGGUAAAAGUAUGAGUACGAAUAAUUGCCUACGAAUAUUUUAUCAGAAACUAGCGUUUUUCAUUAAAAGAUAACACAGAAGAAUAGUAGAAUAGAACGUCUAUUCUGUCGAUUGUGCACAUGUUCACAACACGAUAAUUGACCGCGGUUUAGCCUCGUCCAUCUUAUUAAUGCAACAAAAAGGAAUAUUGAUAACGUGGCGGACAAUAAAAAACAAAUUGUGAAUACACUUUUUAGAAAAUCUGACAUACUCCGUUGUUCAAAAGAACUGGAAUAUUUUUUUAAAUUUGUCGCGACUUUAAAAUAAACCGAAAUAUUUUGUUAUUGGUUAGAAUUUAGGCGCCUGUGUUAUAAAAAAAAGAAAAAAAACUAUGGCCUCUGUCAUGCAGGGUGAUAACGUGUUAUAAAGUUAUUAUUGCGUAGCUCAUUGUAGACUCAACAACAAACACGACGGCAAACAUUGUUUGAAAAGAAUAACCGAUUUAAAAUAAUAUUUAUAAUCUUUUAUUAACAAGCAUGAAUAUACAAAAAAAAUGAACUUAGCGGCUGUAAAUUAACAAUCAAGAGAUUUUUGUAAUAAUUACGCAGAAACAAAAGAAAAAUAUAUAGGCUGAUACAGCUUUACCGCCGGAAUGGCUUAGAAUUCUAUAGUGUUAUAGGUAAAAAACUAGUUGAAAAGGAAGAUGUUAGACUGAAUAAUCAUUUAUUUAGACCAAUUUUUUUCUCUUUGGUUGGAUAAUACUUCGACAAGUUUUGUAGUUGAACUCUUACUAUUAAAUGUAUAUAAAUAGUCUUUAUAAACGUUAAAAAGAAUAUGUACAAAAGAGAAUUAAAAUCUAAUUGUUAUGUAAUUCUUACUAAAUCAACUCAAUUUCGCCCUAAUAACAAUUGUCGGCAUUGUGAAAGUGACCAAUUCGCUUUGUCUGUUCGUGGCCUACACUGUGAAACAAUAAUCAUAAUAAUAAUAAGUUUAUACUUACAAUAUUCAAAACUUAAUUGUUUGGAUAUCUGUUCAUCUGCUUGAUAAUUACUUGUCAGACUGGUUGAUAUCGCUGUUCAAAAACAGUGAUGUAUUAUCAACAACCAAAUUAUUUCCUCCCUUUUAUUCCUGGUAGGUUUUGUAACACAACAACUAACAACUAAAAACCAGUAUAAUUUGUGAUUUAAGAAACACAACUGCUGACAAUUGAUAAGGGCUGUUACAACAUGUCUUAUUACUCGAACGCCUUAUUAGUGUCGUGUUGUCAUUUGUAAAUUUGUUGAAACUGUUUAUAUUUGUAAAUGAUAUUUAUAUAUAAACUAACUUAAUGUUAUUAGUACAGAAAUAAUUAUAAUCGUUAUAGAAAAUAUAGAACAGAUUAAUGUAUCAAAUAUGCAAAAUAUUUUACUAACAUGUAGUACAGUUCCUGUUGAAAA